AUGUCAAACGCAUCACCAACAAAGAGAAUCGUAUCAGCGAGUUCCGUCUCCGGAAGCCCAAACACACGGGCGAAAGAGACGGUGUUACCCACCCCUAACAUCUCGCCCAUCGACGGUGAAAUCGCCCCUCCACCAGACCAAGCUGCCCAGACGCAACCUUCAUUACGAGAUAAAACCACAAUAGUAGAUUUCAAAACCGCCAUAGCCGGAUGUGAUUUCCAGCUAUCCGACAACGAGCAGGACGAAAAUGGGCUUCGCACGGCCUGGAAAACAAUGUUUCUUACAAUUUAUCACACCGACAAAGGCGCAGACACUGUCGCGCAUCAGCAGUUCCUGCUAUCGCAUAAACUGUUCUAUCGCCUUGACCAAGCAUUGGUUUACUUUAGCUUUUCACAGUUCGCUCUACCCACUAGACCCGGACAUGCAGUCCUCGACAUAUCCCCUCCGAUGGGAGAUCCCAUCCUGAUUGCGGCAACAGUGGACAGCGACGUCUAA